UGACGCAGUGUGAAAAGCCCUCACCAGAAGCUAAGCAGAUGCCUGCACCAUGCUUAUUGUACUUCCCAGCCUGCAGAACUGUCCACAGUCUCUACUCCGCAAUUACAAAAUAAGAAAAAAAACAGAAACAGAAAAACACUGAAACCCAAAAGUGUUUUUUUAACUUUGACACUGGGACCAUUUGGCAACAAAUCCUACUGUGAACAAAAACGUGAAGCCUCUGUUGUCUCGGCAUUUAUAUCCAUCAGUCACACAUGCCUCUGCUGUUUGCUGACAUUUUGUGACUUAGGGAUUAAUUAAUUGCACUAGAAAAUGUCCAAAAGAGUUAAAGAUAUACCUAUGGGUAACAGCGAAAAGAAGAAAAGGAAGCAUCUGUCUUUAUCAAUAGCUCAGAAAGUGGAGUUACUACAGAAGCUUGAUGGUGGUGUGUCUGUUAAGUGUCUUACUGAAGAAUAUGGUGUGGGAACCACCACUGUAUAUGACUUAAAGAAACAGAAAGACAAAUUGUUGAAAUUUUACAGUGACAGUGAUAACCAAGAACUAAUGAAAAAUAGGAAAACAUUGCAUAGGGCCAAAAAUGAAGAUCUUGACCAUGUAUUGAUUGAAUGGAUUCAGCAACAAAGAAAUAAAGACAUUCCACUGACUGGUUUGUUGGUCAUGAAUCAAGCUAGAAUAUACCAUGAAGAACUGAAUAUUGAAGGUGAGUGUGAAUAUUCAGAAGGCUGGCUACAGAAAUUUAAAAAACAUCAUGGUAUCAAGUAUCUUAAAAUCUGUGGUGAAAAAACUUCUGCUAAUCAUGAACUUCUUGAAAAUUACAUUGAUGAAUUCGCUAAGAUAAUAUCUAAUGAAAACCUUAGCCCUGAACAAAUUUACAAUGCUGAUGAAACAGCUCUGUACUGGUGCUACCUUCCUAGAAAAACCUUAACAAUGGGUGACGAAAGGGCAACAACAGAUUGCAAGGAUACCAAGCAAAGGUUAACUAAUGCUAAUGCUGCAGGCACACAUAAGAUAAAACUGGCAGUGUUUGGAACAAGCCUAUAUCCAAGAUGUUUAAAAGGUGUGCACAAUUUAUCUGUGCAAUAUUAUGCAAACAAGAAAGCUUCAGUAACAAGAGAAAUCUUUUCUGACUGGUUCGAUAAACACUUUGUGCCUGCAGCACAAGCUCAUUGCAGACAAGCUGGACUGGAAGACAAUUGCAAAAUUUUAUUAUUUCUAGACAACUGUUCUGCUCAUCCCCCUCCUGAACUUCUUGUGAAAAGUAAUGUUUUGGGCAUUUACUUUCCCCCCAGUGUGACAUCUGUAACUCAGCCUUGUGACCAAGGAAUUCUACGUUCCAUGAAGAGCAAAUACAAACACUUUUUUUUGAAUAGCAUGCUUGCUUCAGUUAACAGAGGCCUGAAAAUCCAGGACUUCCUUAAAGAAUUUAGUCUUAAGGAUGCCAUCUACACAGUUGCUAAUGGUUGGAACAACGUGGAUAAGUCAACCUUAACCAAUGCUUGGCAUAGACUUUGGGCUACAAUGAUGUUUGAAAAUGACCUUGCUGAUAAAGAUUUUGAAGGAUUUAAAGACUCUAAUGAGAAGACGAUGGUAUCAAAGCUCAUUACUUAUGCCAAAAGCUUAUUAGCCAAAAGUGUAAAUAAGUUAGAAGAAGCGGACAUUGAAGAGAUGCUAAACAUUGAUAAUUAUGCACCCAUUGUGCAUCCUUUGAGUGGGGAAAUUGCCGAGAUGGUGUUAAAUACAGAUCAGUAUGAAGAUAGUAGUAGUAAUGAUGAUGACAUUGUGAACACAAGUGGAAAAAAUCUCCAUAGAUCAUAUGGCUAAAAUGUGUGACCAAUUAAUUGCUGGCCUUCAACAAUGUGCAUUUAUCAGUGAGCAAGAGCUCAUGGCAAUUUACUCAAUUAGAGAGAAACUGCUUAGACAGAAACCUGUGUUAAGGAAACAGAUGACACUGGGAAAAGUCUUUAAUAAGACACUCUAUGA